AUGGACGAUGAGGAUGCGGAUGCGGCACCAGGGCCUGGGUCCAAGGGCAAGAGGCCGGAGCUGCCCAUGUUGGAAUUCGGGCGCCUAGGCCAGACCCAUGAAGAAAUUCCAUUACAUCAACAGCAUAAACAUCACGUCCAGCAUCUUCCUAUGUCUUACGGCGGCGGGGCGAGUCCAUCUCCACAGCCAAGCAAGCGUGUAGGCAGGUUGCGACUGGCGCGAUUUGCUCACCUGGACGGUGAUACAAAGGCUAAAGUCUCCCGCAGCGUUCAAACGGCUCACGUGAAGGAGUGGCUGCAUGCACACGGCUACGUGGUCAAAGCUGACAAGCUGCAUCCCGCGGUGUCGCGAGUCAUUGAAGAAUGGUUUCAGCUUGUGGACGACGACAACUCGCGGACGCUGGAGCAUGACGAGUUGCUGUCAGCCCUGAAGGCUGCGCAGAUCCCUUGCGAUGACGCCACAAUAAGCGAAAUGAUCAACCUUAUGGAUGUGAAUAAAGACGGCGUCAUCGACUGGGAGGAGUUUGAGGUGUUUAUGACGGAGGAGAUCGCGGCGGGCAAGAGCUUGCUAUCGGGCGAAUAUCUGCUGCCGUCGGGCACGUCCCUCAAUUUUGGCGUCAUGAUUGGCAAGCUCAAGCGUAACAAGCUGCUCCGGGAUAUCAUGGAGGACCCAAGUCGGCGCAACCGGUGGGCGGCCAUCGCCAACAACCCUGAUGCUCUGGGUCGGGAACUGGCGACCAUGCAGCAAGCCGUGGAGGCCACCACUCUGACUUUGGAGCACAUGAAGCGCAGCGAAGGCAGCGCGAUGCGGGGUGCCACACCCCGCACUCAGCUGGCCUCGGCGCUAGUGCGGGGCAUGGAUGAGGGCCGGGCCCGAGGCACGGCAGCAGGGGAGCCCGCGCGAAGCUUGGCGGUCAAGCUCCGUGCCGGGUUGCUUGGACAAGGCUGUGAGCUGUUACAACACGACCCUAUAUCACCUGAGCAUCCCAGAAACCCCGCUCGGCACAGCCAAGGUGGCACCCACCACAGCUGCAACCCCAUUCGCACGCCGCGCCGCGCCUGCCCCGACCCCGUCACCGUGCCUCUGACGCCGACGGGCUCCGAAGGCAACUUUUCGACAUGCAGCUCCCGAGACCCCUUCAUGCAAAUGCAUGUAUCAGCGCAGCGAGAGCCGCGGGGCACCAGUGGCGGGGCACCAGCCGCCGCUGGCGCCAUCACCAGGAAUGUAGCCACGGCAGCACCACCGUGCGGUGCUGGCAGCAAUGCCCACGGCGGCGGCAGAGAAGGCGGCAUGGCGCACGGCUCCGCCAUUUCGUAUGGCGUCAGUGGCGUGGUGCCGUGUACCUCAGCCAGUGUCACCUCCCUGGGAUGGUGGGCGGGGCAUGGGCCGGGGCCCUCUGCCUCAGGCGCACCUCAGGCCGUCACCGCCGCCGCCGCAGCAGCAGCAGCAGGUUCUACCCAAGACUCUCCUUCCAAGUCCCCUUCGCAGGCCCUGUCGCCCGCACGCAGAAGCAAUGCGCCCUUCUCCCCACGGACAGGCGGCAGCCAGGCGCCUAGCUCCCCUGUGUCCAGCCCUGGGUUGAUCAUUGCACGUGCCGGUAGCCGAUGUGGGUCCGCUGCUAGCCGUCAGGCUGUCGACCACAGGAGCGGAGGUGGCACUUCCGCCGCCGCGGCCCACCGCGGCCGUAGCCCAUCGUCUGCUACUGGCUCAAGUCCCGGUCCUGGCGCUAUCCUGCCGCGCCCAGGCAGCGGCCUCCAAACGGCUCUAGCUCUAGAACCGCAUUACCUUGCUGCAUCUACAGCCAGCUGUCGGGCACGUGCGCGGCCGCCGUCGCGUGUAAUGAGCCAGGUAAGCCUUAUGGCUCAGGAGCUGCGCGCCGCGCCGGGCCGCUACUCGGCGGAGCCGCCAGGCCUACCGGCAGCCGUGCUUGCGGCGACGCGGGGACAGUGGGGCCCCGUGGGGCCCGGCUGCUCCGGCAGCGGCUCUGGCGAUACGCAGGCAGGCGACGGGCUGCCGCACGCAAGCAUGGAUGAUUUUGUAAGCAGCGUAGGACAGGCUUCCAAGCCCGGCUGUGGUGAAGGCGUGGUGGUUCCUACCCCUGUGUCAACGGGAUGGGGAGUCACAGCAGCCACCAGCGGCUUCCUCUCCUCGGAUGAGCGGCCGGCGUCGCCACCCCCACCGCCACUGCUACGAUCGCACCGCAGCAGUUGCAGUACGUUGCCUGUACUAACAAGCCAUCGACCGGAGCUUCUGGACUGCACCGUCAUCGAUGAGGAGCGUGGCAGUGUGGGAAAGGCAGAUGUUGCGGUGUUGGGCACAACCAGCCGUGCAACCUUGGACAGUGGGACCAGCAGUAGAAGUUACAAGGCUGGUGCUACGGCUGCUGCAGCACCCAGCCUUCCCGAAGUUCCAUCGCAUGUGCUAAUGCGGCUACCGGGGACUGUGGCAUUGGAGAACCCCGCAUCGCCUGGGGGGGCGCUCUCAGCGGCGGUGCAUCUCCUGGGGCACACAGCAUCUCCUUUGCCCGAGCCGGCAACAAAUCCUGUGAAUAUCAGUAUGGCCCCCUGCGCAUCUGGGGACCCGCGUGAGGUUAGCUCACGUCCCUCCUGCAGUGCCGCCGGUUUGAGCCCGUACGCUUUAUGGCAGUGCCAGGGCCCGAUAGCCACCGUCGCCGCCGUCGGCACUAUCACCACCGCUGUUGCACCACAGCUAACGGGAAUGCCGACCAGCAUGCAGGGCGCCGUAUUGAGCGACACCGUUACUGCUUCAACAACCACGACAACUGUCACGAGCGGAAGUAAAGCAUUAAAGCCCACUUCCAUUAUGCUGCGUAUCAGCCCAGGGGCCGCUGCACACACUGGUGGUGUGACGGCUCGGUAUGGCGACACCAGCCGCGGUGAUGGCGCGCCGGUUGCUUCGCCAACACUUUUGCUGCGUCAACGCAGGGUCUCUCGCGGCGGAAAGCAGCGGGGUUCUGAAGGGAGCGGCAGCGGCAGCACACGGGGCUCCACGGCAGAUGGUGCGCUGCCCUAUGCCACGCACGGAUCAGCCGCCACUGCCGCGCUGGAUGGACCGGUCUCAGGAGUCGAAAAAGGUGCAAAGUACGGCCCGAAUACGCUGGGAAUCCCAACAGACGAGGCCGCCGCUAGUUUUUGGCUGCAUCACAGCCAUGACGGGGAAUGCCUGUACGCCGGGGACGAUUCGUGUGAUGUCGAUGGCGAGGGCGUUGGACACGUUUGGAGCCCUGGUCGCAAGGCGCCAAGGAAGGCCUCUGUGCCGAGCGGCGACGGCGGCGGGGGUCGGAAGCGCACCUGGAUGCGGAGCAGACCCCAGGCAAGUGGGAGCGGCGAUGGCGCAGGUGCACGGCACCGCAGGGAGGCAGCGGCGACGGCGGCAGUGGCAACGUUACUGCUCGACUCGAUGCGCUCCAGUGCAGCCGCCAGCGGCGGUGCCGCCUCAUCUGCCCCGGGAUCUGCCUUAAGAGCCAGCAAGUCCCGCUCCAGCCCCCUGCCUUCGGCGCCAGCCUCCCCGGACGGCCGCGCCCCGGGCGGUGCCGCAUCUCAGGGAACUGACGCCGGCGCCACCAGUAGUAAUUGCCGUGGAGACGCCAACGGUAGCCCUGUACGGCCAACGCAGUCCUUGAUAGGGCCGCCGGAGGGCAGGCCGCCCUCACGCACUAGAACGCCUCUGGGCGCCAGAGGGGACCGCGAGGACUCGUUGGACUACAGCUGGCGGGCCGCCACAGCGAGCCUGCUACAGCUGCAUAUGACCCACCAGUUGAACGACCCGGCUGACGGCCGGAGAGCUUGA